UACUUAUCCGCCUCACAUCCUCGUGUUAGACUCGUACUCUGUCGCAUAGAAUUUCCGUAGUCCUCCUUGCAGUCGCAGUUCUCCUCCGCCCUUGGACGCCAGAUAUCCCUAUCGUUUCUUUGUUUCUUCCCAGUGACUGCGAUUGUAUCGCCGCGAACUUAAGAUCGCAUCGCCACCGCACAGCCCCGCGGCAGCAUGAAGGCUCUCAUUCUCGUGGGCGGCUUCGGCACGAGGCUGCGGCCGCUCACCCUGAGCGUGCCCAAGCCGCUCGUCGACUUCGCCAACAAGCCCAUGAUCCUCCACCAGAUCGAGGCCCUUAAAGCGGCGGGCGUCGACGAGGUCGUUCUCGCCAUCAACUACCAGCCCGAGGUGAUGCUGAACUUCAUCAAGGAGUACGAGCCGAAGCUGGGCAUCAAGAUCGUGUGCUCGCAGGAGAAGGAGCCCAUGGGCACGGCGGGCCCGCUCGCCCUCGCCCGACACAUCCUGGACGACGGCUCGGGCGACCCCUUCUUCGUGCUCAACAGCGACGUGAUCAGCGAGUACCCGCUCACUCAGAUGCUCGACUUCCACAAGGCCAAGGGCGGCGAGUGCACCAUCAUGGUCACCAAGGUGGAGGAGCCGUCCAAGUACGGCGUGGUGGUGCUGGACGAGGCGACGGCGUGCGUGCAGCGGUUCGUGGAGAAGCCCAAGGUGUUCGUGGGCAACAAGAUCAACGCCGGCAUCUACCUGCUCAACGCCGCCGUGCUCAACCGCAUCGAGCUGCGCCCCACGAGCAUCGAGAAGGAGGUCUUCCCCAAGAUCGCCGCCGAGAACAAGCUCUUCGCCAUGGUGCUGCCCGGCUUCUGGAUGGACGUCGGCCAGCCCCGCGACUACAACAGCGGCUUGAGGCUCUACCUCGAAUCACUGCGCCAGAACCACCCCGACAAGCUAGCGACGGGCAAGCACAUAGUGGGCAGCGUGCUGGUGGACGAGAGUGCGCGCAUCGGCGAGGGGUGCCUGAUCGGCCCGGACGUGUCCAUCGGGCCGGGCUGCGUCAUCGAGGACGGUGUGCGCCUGUCGCGCUGCACCAUCAUGAAGGGCGUGCGCAUCAGCAAACACGCCUGCGUCACCGGCAGCAUCGUUGGGUGGCACUCGACGGUCGGGCAAUGGGCGCGGUUGGAGAACAUGACGGUGCUGGGGGAGGACGUGCACAUUCAGGACGAGGUGUAUGCCAAUGGGGGGGUAGUGCUGCCACACAAAGAAAUCAAGGCUAACAUUCUCAAGCCCGAAAUUAUCAUGUAGAUAAACUAUAGUAUGUAUGGAGUGCAAGCUCCAGUAGGUUGUAGUGUGUAUGGCACCCUUGUAUACCAUUUUCUUUCUUACUUUGACAUCCAACUCAAUGGCUGAUUUUGCUGCUUCCUCUCUC